AGAGGCGGGCAGCGCUAAAAGUCAGAACUGUGACAGUGGUUAGGAUUCAGAAUAAUUUAAGAAGGGAUUUUUAAGCGACAGGACAAGACAGUUUUUCUAGGACAUACCAAAAGAGACGUGUUUAUAUUUCUCAGGAAAACUGGUCAAAUCGGACAAACAGCACAAACACCAACGUAUUGAUACACUGAUAACUGAUUGAUCUUCGCCUGGCUCGCCUAAAGUUGUUGGUUUAGCAACGAUGCCUCGUUCUUUUCUGGUGAAGAGCAAGCGGUGUCCGUCUUACAACACGCACAGGUUUGCAGACGAGGAGCAACUCGAACCUAAAGACCCGUCAGAGAAAACAAAUGAUUCAAAACCAGGGCAGCCGGACCCUCAGGACCACAGGGAUUUGGAGCACCCCCAGGGGGUUGGUCGUGCCAGCCAUCACGACUCCUUUCCUCCGAUUAAACCUGAACAGGAGACCAACUGCCCUGUGCUAGCCCACCCCGAGCACCCCAUGCCCACCGUGGUGUCCCGGGGCACCUACUUCAACCCAGAACCCCAGCUCCCCGAAUUCCACCCCUACUACAAGUCCCCGUUUGCCUGGGACCCCGUGCACCCGUCCUAUGACUUUCGGCAGAUGGGGUUUUCCCCCUCGCUGCUGCAGCACGCCAGCUCCCUGUACGGGGCGCACAUCAAACAGAGCUCCGAGACGCCCCAGCCCCUGGACUGCAGCACGCACUACUCCCCAAACUCUGACACCUACCACUGCAUCACCUGUGACAAGGUGUUCUCCACCCCACACGGGCUGGAGGUCCAUGUCCGCCGCUCCCACAGUGGCACGCGGCCGUUCGGCUGCAGCGUGUGUCGCAAGACCUUCGGCCACGCGGUCAGCCUGGAGCAGCACAUGAACGUGCACUCCCAGGAGAGAAGCUUCGAGUGUAAGAUGUGCGGGAAGACCUUCAAGCGCUCCUCCACCCUCUCCACCCACCUGCUCAUCCACUCAGACACCCGGCCGUACCCCUGCCAGUUCUGCGGCAAGAGGUUCCACCAGAAGUCUGACAUGAAGAAGCAUACCUACAUACACACAGGAGAGAAGCCCCAUAAGUGCCAGGUUUGUGGCAAAGCUUUCAGCCAGAGCUCCAACCUGAUCACGCACAGCCGCAAGCACACCGGAUUCAAGCCCUUCGGCUGCGAGAUCUGCGCCAAGGGCUUCCAGAGGAAGGUGGACCUCCGGAGGCACCACGAGAGCCAGCACGGCCUGAAAUGAGGGGGGCGGGAGAGGGGGAGAGAGGGAGACAUGAUUUGAUCCAACAACAGGCACCACGAGAGC